AUGGAUCCUGUAAGCAAAUAUCCUCAAGUUGAGCAUUCCCCACAUCUACCCACCCCUCCCAUCAUUUCAAUAUUCCAUAUCUCCCUUGUAGCAAGAACUCUCUGCGCCAACAUGGUAUCUGAUAUUCGUGCUGAUUUCAUUUCAUGCAAGCAGUCUUUCGAUGCAGAUAUACAAUCACCCGAGAAUAUGAUUGUUGAUGACGAGUAUGUCGAGCCAUCCGACAAUGAGAAGGAUGAUAUCGCCAUCAUAGAUCCAGAUGAACCAAGGCCAACGCCUGCUGAUAAUUAUGAAGCUAUGGCAGAGCUGGUAUUGCCACCGUUGGAUCAGCAGCCCCCGAUAUUAGAGACGAUUCACAAUACCUGGGAGAUAACAAAUUGGAACGAAUUGGGAAAAAGGGAGCAUGGCCCUGUCUUUGAGGCUGGAGGAUAUCCAUGGCGUGUUCUUAUGUUUCCAUAUGGCAAUAAUGUCGAUCAAGUGUCCUUCUACCUGGAGCAUGGGUUUGAAGACGGAAAGCCUCCAGACGAUUUUGUAUGCUGUGUGCAAUUCGGCCUCGUUUUAUGGAAUAAGAAUGAUCCAACUAUCUACACUCAUCACACCGCACAUCAUCGAUUUACCAAAGAGGAAGGAGAUUGGGGCUUUACACGAUUCUAUGACUGCCGCAAGCUUUUCAACCUUACGUGGCCUGGAUCUAACCCCCAAAGGAUUCUGGUCGAAGGCGGAGAAGCAAAUAUGACGGCAUAUGUAAGAAUAGUCAAAGACGAAACUGGCGUUCUAUGGCACAAUUUCAACAACUAUGAUUCGAAGAAGGAAACUGGUUUCGUCGGGCUGAAAAAUCAAGGAGCGACAUGUUAUUUAAAUUCGCUCAUUCAGUCCCUGUAUUUUACUAAUGCCUUCCGCAAGGCAGUAUAUCAAAUUCCAACACAAGACGAGGACACCACCACAAACAGCGCAUAUACUUUACAACGCCUUUUCUAUCAGCUGCAGUCGUCCUCCGCAGCCGUGAGCACCAAUGAACUCACCAAGUCCUUUGGCUGGGAUACGAAACAGAUUUUUGAACAGCAAGAUGUUCAAGAGCUUUCUAGGAAAUUGAUGGAGCGCAUGGAAAUAAAAAUGAAGGGAACUGAGGCUGAAAAUGUCCUCCCUAAAUUGUUUUGCGGGAAAGUGCGAACAUAUAUAUCUUGCAUUAAUGUCGACUACGAAUCUCGCCGAGUGGAAGAUUUUUGGGACGUUCAACUGAACGUUAGCGGUAACAAGGACAUUGAAGCGAGCUUCCAGGAUUAUAUUCAAGUCGAGACAAUGGAUGGCGACAACCAAUACUUCGCAGGCGAGAAUUACAAACUACAGGACGCGAAGAAAGGCGUAAUCUUCGAAUCAUUUCCUGAGGUUCUUCAUUUGCAGCUCAAACGAUUCGAAUAUGAUAUCGAAAGAGAUGCCAUGAUGAAAGUAAAUGAUCGUUACGAGUUCCCAGAUACUUUUGAUGCCGCACCAUAUUUGUCGGAUGACGCAGAUAGAUCCGAAUCUUGGGUUUAUAAGUUGCACGGGGUCCUUGUACACAGCGGAGACCUCAAUGCAGGACAUUAUUAUGCAUUCAUCAAGCCCGAAAAAGAUGGGUGGUUCUACAAGUACGACGACGACAAAGUAACCAAAGCCACGAUGCGAGAAGUUUUGGAGGACAAUUAUGGAGGAGAGAUGCCACUUCUAGAUGGACAAGUCUUAGACGCAUCACAAAAGCCUAUUAUACGUCACAAUAGCGCAUAUAUGCUUGUAUAUAUCCGAGAGGUAAGGAUCGAUGAGGUACUGUUUCCUGUCACGAACACCGACACACCGGCUCAUCUCCAAAGGAGACUUGAAGAAGAGGCCGCUUUCAAGGAGGCACGACGGAAGGAACGCGAAGAACAGCACCUGUACCUUACCGUCAGAGUGAUUACCAAUGACACGUAUGCAGCCCAUGGUGGAAUUGAUUUGACCAUGUUUGACCGAAGUUAUGACGAAGAUCCAGCCGCUGCUAGAUCAUACAAACUCCUCAAGAAGUGUACUAUCGGAGAGCUUAUCAAUCUGAUCGCCGAGGAUAGUGGGGGUGAUCCAAGAAGACUGCGAGUCUGGUGCAUGGUUAACCGUCAGAACAAAACGACAAGACCUGACGCGCCUAUCAUGGAGUUAAAUCAGACCAUUGAAGAUGCUCACCUGAAAUUAGCUGGUAGCAAGACACAGGAGUUAAGGCUAUGGGCAGAAGCUGCUGAAGUGGUUGACUCCAAGGGCGAUGCAGUGUGGCCAACUCAUCAGUUGACGAAGGAAGGGUCUUCUCCUAGUAGAUCUGAUGAAAUCGUCAUAUUUCUCAAGUGGUUCGAUGUUGAUAACCAGUCUCUCGUUGGACGUGGUCACAUUUAUAUCAGCAACCAAAGGAGAGUCGAGGAACUAGCUCCGUUUAUCUUGAAACGUAUGAAUUGGCCAGAGGACACCAAAUUGAAACUCUACGAGGAGAUAAAACCUGACAUGAUUGAACCUAUGAAAUCGAAACAAUCACUGAAAGCGGCAGAACUCCAGGAUGGCGACAUUGUUUGUUUCCAGAAAGUUUCCGAGAAGGGCUCAGAAAGCGGAACCGGCGGAAGCUCUGAAAGACCUUCGAGACCAACCGCCUUGGUUACUAACCCCUCAAAUGCCGCUUCCCUAGUGUCCAACGGCUCAAUUCCACGCUACCAUCCACUCAGAUCAUCUGACAUCAUAGAAGAUGCUCGACAGUACUACGACUUUCUCCGUUAUCGAAGGCUCAUUACAUUCCACUGCCAUCCCACUAGAGGCAGCAAAGAAUUUAAUUCGGAGAAUUGCGAGUCAUUUGUCCUUGUGCUGAGCGCGAAGCAUACUUACGACCAGGUAGCCGCCAAGGUAGGAGAAAAGUUGGAUGUCGAUCCAACUUAUAUCAGAUUUUGGACUAUCGCUCAAAAUACGGGCAACCCAAAAGCGGCCAUUAGGCGCAUGUCAAAUCAAACUCUAGUCAACAUGGUCAGCGUUAGUUACGCUACAUUUGCUGGCACCACUAUAAGGGCAGAUUCUUUAUAUUUCGAGGUCCUCGAUAUCAGUCUCGCGGAGUUAGAUACCAAGAAAUCUAUGAAGGUCAACUGGAUCAGCGAAGGAAUUACAAAAGACGAACAACUCGACAUACUCGUGCCUAAAACUGGUACUGUGGAUGACAUAGUGUCAUCCUUGAUCAAGAAGGCUCAAUUAGAGGACGAAGAAAAGGGUGGUCCUGUUCGAGUAUACGAAAUACACAGCAACAAGAUUCACAAAGAGCUUCCUCGCGGUUUUCCAGUCAAGGAGAUCACGGAGUACAUUAACAUUAUGCUAGAGCGAAUACCGGAGGAAGAGCUCGCGCAACCUAACGGGAGUCAAUACAUCUAUGCAUUUCAUUUCCAAGGCGAGCCAAGUAAAGUGCAUUCCGUUCCAUUCAAGUUCCUCAUCGUUCAAGAUGAAAUCUUUUCUGAAACUAAGAAGCGAUUGGAGAAACGGACUGGUAUAAAGGGUAAAAAUCUUGAGAAGAUCAAAUUCGCUGUCGUUAAGAGAAGCUCUUACACAAAACCUAUAUACUUGAAUGACGAAGAUACAUUAUGGGAUAUGCUUGGGGACGAUGACGAUCAACUCGGAUUAGAUCACAUUGAUAAAUUACGAAACGCAAGGCCUGGCAUGGGAGACUUAUUCUUGAAGUAG